AGGAACUUCGGUUAAGCAUCAGAAUUGAGACUGUCCCCUUCCCUAACGUUACCCCCUCCCCUUUCGCUGACCGGGAAAAGGAAAGUAGGAGAGAUUUUUCUGCAGUUGCAGCGCGGCAUCCUUUCGCCACGCAUCUCCUCCCGCGAGUCUCUUCCAAAGACACCCUUUUUCUCACGCUCUCAUUUGGUGUUGGUGUUGGUGCUGCUGCUGCUUUUGAGAUCUCUUUGAAAAGGAUUUUCUGAAUUAGUACUGCCAUGUCUGAUUUUGAAACUCAAGAUACUGAAGAGACUGUAACUUGCCUGCAAAUCACUGUUUAUCACCCAAAUCAAGGAGAAAAACCAGUCUUCAAUGCUUUAAGCUUCUGUCAUGAACAACAGCUGAGAGCAGAUGAUAUAGUGAAAUUUGGAAGAGAUCCGAAUAUGUGUCGUUUUCACUUUGUGGAUUCACGGGUUUCACGUGUUCAGUUUUGCCUUCAGUUUUUCAGGCACUUCAACAGCUCAGAGUUUGGUUUUGAGAUUAAGAAUCUGAGCAAAAAGGGAAAGUUAUCUGUGGAGGGUGUUGAACUGGCCUAUCUAAAUAAAGUCAAUCUACCAGACAAAUGUAUAGUUUGCUUUGGAGAGUACCAGAUGCAAUUGCAAAAACAAGAAGGACAAUGUGAAGACUUCUUUAACAUCUGCUUUGAAUUGGCCAGAACGCCACUGUUACAAGAAAACAACCUAUUUUUAAAAAAACCAGUAUGUGAAAGCGGCAGUUCAUACGCCCAAUUUCCAACAGAGAUGGAUGACAAUGAAUAAAUUGGAAAAUUCCAUGAAAAACAAUUGUAUUCAGUGGGCAUCUUUACCUUGUGUUCUAUGGUAGUUGAAAUGAUAUCUGUACAUCUAUAUUAGAGGUCCCCAAACUUUUUAAAUAGGGGGCCAAUUCAUGGUCCCUCGGACUUGGGGGAGGGAGCCGACUACUUGGGUGGGUGUGGCUAGGUGGUCAUGUGAUGGUGGGCAUGGUCAAUUUAGCUGUCCACUAAACAAUGCACACAAAUUAAACUUUAAUCUGUUUGUUCCUGG